AUGCAAUGGUCAAGACCUACACCAGAUGCUGUUACUGAAGUACAUGAUACUCCAUCUAAGUACGAAGAAUUCUUAGUAAACAAAGACAUUGGUACUAGUAUAGAUAAUUCUGUAGAAAUAGCAGAUACUGAUGAAAUAGCUUGUACACAUGAUGUAGAUGACAAUAUUAGUCUUGGUAAAUCAUUUCCAAAUGACCCAUCAAGAAUUCCUGAUCAUGUUUCAUAUACUUUAUUACAUCACUUUGUAGAAAUGGGACCAUGUCAACCGUAUCCCCAUGAUUUGGAGAAUGGUUCAAAUGAUUGGAAAAAUCUGAAACGAACUAUUGAAUCGCAUGAAUGCUCAUCAAAUCAUUUACAAUCUGAAAUUAGUCGUGGCCUAUACACUAAAAAUAUUCGUUUAGAUACAAAUCUAUUACAUACUGCAAAUAAAGAAGUCGAGUCAAAUCGUGAAAUUUUAAGAGUGGUUAUUGAAGCUCUUAUAUUCAUAGCUCAACAAAAUAUUGCGAUCCGGGGACACAAUGAAAAAAUAACUUCUUUGAACACAGGAAAUUUUUUAGAAUUAUUAAAGCUUUUAAGUAAUUAUCAUCCAGUUCUUAACACUCAUUUAGAUAAAAUUAAAAACACAUCAACAGCAAAUAGACUAACAUUUAUGUCUAAUAAAAGUCAGAAUAAAAUAUUAAAAAUUCUUGGUGAUUUGGUUCUUUCUACUAUUUUGAAAAAUAUAAAACAAGCUGGAAUUUUCGCUGUUAUUAUUGAUACUACGACUGAUGUGUCCAAUCUUGAGCAAUUUUCAUUUAUUUUGCGAUUUAUUAAUGAAAAAGGUGUUACAGAAGAACGAUUGGUGGCGUUAGAAACAGUAGAUGAUAGUACUGGCCAAGGAUUAUUUAAAUGUUUUAAAAAAAUUACUGAAGAGUAUGCUAUUAAUUGGCGUGAACAUCUUUGUGCACAAUCUUAUGAUGGUGCUGCUUGUAUGCAGGGAGUUUAUUCUGGUCUCAGGUCUUUAAUACAAAUUGAAAAUCCUAAAGCUAUAUAUAUAUGGUGUUUUGCUCAUCAACUAAAUUUAGUUGUUAUUGAUACAUGCGACUGUUGUGAAGAUACCAGGAAUUUCUUUGGCGAAGUUCAGUCAUUGGUAACAUAUUUGCGAGCCAGAAAAAGAACAAGCACAUUUGUCAAGAUUCAAAAAGAACUUUAUCCCAAAGAACGAGUAUUGCGUCUUCGAAACUUCUCAGAUACAAGAUGGACGUCGCACGAUCGCGUGAUUGAUGUCAUAUAUACUAAAUUUAAGGCUUUAUUACAAACUUUAUACGAAUUGAAAAAUUCUACUGAUAGAACAACUGCGUCAAUGGCCAAAACAUUAAAAUUAGUCGACUUGUGUAAAGAUAAACUUAAAUCUCUACGGAGUGAGAAAGAAUAUAUUUCAAUAUUUCAGGAAGCUAAAUCUUAUGCUAAUAUUUAUAAUUUACCAAAUAAUGACUUUAAACCAGUUAGAGCAAUGAAAAGAAAAAAGAUGGCUGAUGAAAAUGUACAGGAUGAAGUUUCAGAUUCUCCAUUUGAAAGAUAUAGAAUUAAUACAUUUUUUAAAGUUAUUGAUCAAAUUAUCCGAUCAAUAGAAUCAAGAUUUUCUGAUGCUCGUGAAAUAUUAAAAGAUUUGGCUCUAUUGUCCCCAGAAAGAUUAAUGCAAGUAUCAAAAGAAAAAGAUUACCUUCCUGAAGACAGUUUUAAAUAUAUCGCUGACUGGCUCAACUACAAAUAA